UUUGUAAAAUUGUUCCGAUAACUAACUCUCCAUAUCCUUACAUAGCUCAUGGCACACUGAUAUUUACACUCUGUUAUAGAUACUGAUUUCUCUUUUUAUUUUUUGUGCGGGAAAUGUUGUGUUUAACUCGUGAAGCUAUUGAUGCUUUUCUGAUCUGUGGUUGUUGAUUUCAGUUGUCCAUAUGCUUUUCCUUAAGUUGAUAAUGAAUAUUUGUCUGAUGUGCCAGAUUUGGUUGUGAGUAGGAGGUAUACCAUUUGAAUCUGGUUGGUCUAGCCAUACAUGGUGUAGCUGUGUUGUAACAUUGAAUUUCAUUAAGAAAUCAUGGUGGUUAAAAUGAGCUUAUAACUGAUGAUGUGCGACAUGCAUAUCCAGUUAUAUAACAUGAGGGGGUGUAUCCUGGAAAAGGAAAAUGAAGAGAAAAUUCAUGACCUUGAAAAAAAAAAUGGCAGGAGUAGUGAAUAUUUAUUAGAGAAGGUCUCCAUAUUUAAGUGUUUGUUUUGACGCAGGAACAUCUGCUAAAGGGAAAAUGAGCUUCUAUAUUGGCUCGCCAUCUUCUCUGCAAUAAAACCUCUAAUGCAAAGGCAACCUACGUGCUUACCUGCUCUCCUACUUGCAGAUGGAAAUGUUCUACAUCUCUUUCACACAAUCUUCCCUUUCACUUUCCUCAAUGCUUAGCACCAUCUCACCAAAAUGGUAAUGGUGGAGAUUAAUUCAUCAUGCCAUGCCUACCACAAUAACGAUAAGGGAUCUAUGUAUCAGUUCAUCAUGCCACGCCUACCAUCCUAAUCUUAAGGCGAUCAAUGAGUUCUGUCAUGCCAUUUCUUCCAAUUUACUCAUCUCUGCUGUGAAAUUGGUGAAGCAUGCUUACAAUGAGUCAAUGACUACUCAACUAUCACAAUGAUCUACCCUUAAUUUUGCCUCCAUCAUUAUUCAUCAUCAUUCUUUAGUUCACCAUGCAAAGGACUCUACAUCCUUACUUUCAUCAGAACCUUCACAUGUUUGCAGGUUUUGCUUUUGUUUAUUUUGAGGAUGAACGUGAUGCUGAGGAUGCCAUCCGUGGUCUUGACAACAUACCAUUUGGGUAUGACAGACGCAGAUUGUCUGUAGAGUGGGCCAAAGGUGAACGGGGUAGGCAUCGUGAUGGGAGGGCAGCAAAUCAGAGACCAACUAAAACACUUUUUGUGAUAAAUUUUGACCCUGUUCGUACUAGAGUCUAUGACAUAGAGAGACACUUUGAGCCUUAUGGGAAGGUUCUUAAUGUACGCAUCCGCAGGAACUUUGCAUUUGUGCAAUUUGAAACCCAGGAAGAUGCCACUAAAGCAUUGGAGUGCACCCACAUGAGUAAGAUACUAGACAGAGUUGUUUCGGUUGAGUAUGCUUUGAGGGAUGAUGAUGAGAGGGGUGGGAUGCACGACAGCCCCCGAAGAAGUUACGGAAGGCGUGGAGAUAGUCCGAAUCGGAGAUCACCAAGUCCAGACUACCGCCGGAGUAGACCGAGUCCUGAUUAUGGCCGAGCUCGAAGUCCGGUUUAUGAUAGGUAUAAUGGUCCUUCAUAUGACAGAGCCAGGAGUCCUGAAUAUGGGAGGCACAGAAGUAGGUCGCCUGUCCGGAGAUCAAGAACCUAAUUGGCAGUUCAAGUAGAAGUCACUCUAUUUUGGUUUGCAAUUUUGUAAAUGCCCUGUGUUUCUAGAUCAUUUGAAGAACAAACUUUACAAUAGUGUUGAUGCAAUGCUGUAUUUUGAAUUCUAUCAAUUUGAUGGUUUGUUUUGUGGUUUAGUUACUGGAUUGUGUAAUUUUUUGGGUGAUAUGGAGUUUAUAUUUUGGAUA